AAUCUUACUUUUCUUUUUCUCCAAUAUGAUUUCCUAUCUAUAUUUAUGCUUUCUCUUCCACUUUGAUCUAACCCUUCAAACACUCUGGCAACAAUUCCAUCUUUUUCCUACUCAUUUCAACUUCCAUCUAUGCAAUUACACAAAAUUUGAGAUUUGUAGAGAGAUGAUUUUCACCGAGGAAGAAACCUCAGAGAUACCAACCAACAAAAACCAAGAAGAAAUAGGAAUCAGCAGCAACAAUAGCAAUGAAGGAAUUGAAGAGCAUAAUCCAGGAAAAUGGUUGAAUCUGAGCCUAGGUGCGAAUUCACUUUCAACAGCAGGAGACUACGAUACACAAUCAAGACCUAAUAAUUCAAGUAAAAUUUUCUCAUGUAACUUUUGCAGGAGAAAAUUCUAUAGUUCGCAGGCACUAGGAGGUCAUCAGAAUGCUCAUAAAAGGGAGAGAGGCGCAGCAAGAAGAUACCAGUCUCAGAGGAUGAUGGCUAUGAUGGGUUUUCCAAUGAAUACUUCAAUUAACAGAUCGCUUGGGGUCAGGCCCCAUGCUCUUGUUCACAAGCCAAGUAGAGAAGAAACUACUGUUUCAGCAAGAUUUAAUGAAGCUAGUAAUAUGCGGUUUGACACAACAUGGAUGCCCUUCAUGCUUGAAGAUGCCAUGGAUUUAAUGUGGCCAGGCAGCUUUCGGUUGAAUCCACAACAAUCAGAGCCACCAUCAGAAUCACUCAAGCUCGACUUAAACCUGAAACUCUGAUUGUUAGUCACCCACACUGUUCCACUUCAGAAUUCAUUGUCAUGUUACUUCUAUUGGAACAGUUAUCAAGGUUAACUAUUUCAUUCAUCAAAUAUACAGAAACUAGUAUAGGAGGGAGAGUAACCAACCUCUUUGAAAAGUUGUAGUCCUAAACCACUGGUUCUUUCUCAAGAACUGGAAGAAACAUGAAGAAUGACUUUUCAUGUAUGCAUGCCAUACCGCAAGAAAACAAGCCCUCCUCUUCAGUUUCAUCUUGAAAAAUAAAUGUGACAUCACCUAGUUACUGGAACCAAGUUUGUAAGGAUUUUCUAUCCUCAACUAUAAAGCACAAAGUUUACUCUAGCCUACAUGUGUUCUUCCAGUCACCAAUUUUCAUUUUUUUUGUUUUAUUUUUUUUUUCCGGUGUAUGUGAGAGAUAAAUUAAACAAAUAUGGUUGCCCCCUGUUGGAUUGUACUAUUAAACCUAAAUUGGGUCUACCUGCUGAACGAACCUUCCCAGAAGGUAAUUUCAACUUGGCCGAUUUCCCCUUUCUCUGUAAUUAUUGUUACUUAUUUUUUCCAUAUAAUAUGCAAGAACGCACACGUUUAUGUAUA